UGGGGUAACGGCUGAUUCGGAGGUAGUUUUGGGAUUUAUUUUAGAAUUUAUUGUAUUUAACAGUGCAAACCUCAAUAACUUUAGUUUUUUAAAUUUUCCAGAUUUUUUUUAAGUACGUCAUAUCAGAAUAGUCGUGUUACAAUUGUUCUUAUUUUUGUUGUUGUAUUUUACCUGAUCCGGUAGCCAUUCGACGUAGCUGUCGUAAAACGACACAAAGCGUCGUCACGUCACUAUCGUAAAGCUAGUGAGUGCGUCGGUAAAUAGAGAUUUAUGUUUUACUUGCUUUCGCUUCUCAUUAUAAGCGUAGUAGUUAUAUUGAAAUAGAAUAGUUGGAUAAUAGGCGGUGGUCUGAUGAUCAGUUAUUGCAAAUAUGCCGGCUGAAAACCAAAUAGCUGACGCUAGCUAGCUAAUGUGGCUAACUGUAGCGUUACAUUUGGCUGCUACAUUAAAACACGCUUGCAUAUUUUGACAUUUUGUCACAUCCGGCACCUAAACCCAGAAAUAUAGAAUGUCAGCCCAAAAGGACUGUGAGUUUUUGGUUAAAAGAGCCCGGGAGCUGGUCUCUGAUGAUCCAUAUGCUGCCAAAGCCUGGCUCAUCACUGCCAGGACCCUUUACCCUGCAGACUUCAACAUACAGUAUGAAAUGUACAUCAUUGAACGUAAUGCAGAAAAGACAGCUUCAGCCGGGCGGCUGCUGUACGACAUGUUCAUAAACUUUCCAGAUCAGCCCAUUGUUUGGCGUGAGAUCAGUGUUAUUACAGCUGCCCUGCGGAGUGACUCUCAGGAUAAGCAGGCACAGUUUCUGAGAGGACUUUUUGAGACACUGCCUGGUCGAGUGCAGUGUGAGAUGCUGCUGAAAGCCACGGAGCAGUGUUUCAACACUUUGGAGAAGGCAGAGAUGCUGCUGUUGCUGCUGAAGCGCUUUCCAGAGUCUGUGGUUCAACAUGGGGUCAAUUUAGGAGAGACAUUGCUGGAAGCAGAGGCAUCAGAGAAUUUGGAGACUCCUGUCAACUGCUUCAGGAAGCUUUUUGUGUGUGAUGUGCUUCCUUUGGUUAUAAACAACAUGGAUAUGCGCCUGCCUGCCAGCCUAAUGCAGAAAUACAUGUUGAAAGCAGCAGAAUUCUACAUUGGCUAUGUUACCCGUGGGCCCUCGCCGGAUGGACAGAUACAAGGCUCUCAAGAAGGUGGUGCUCUGAAGUCACCGAGUGUGUCACGAGCUUCCCAGCGUUACGUGAUUGAUGGUCUGACAGAAAAAUCGUCAGUGGUGGCAGAACCUUGGGAGAAACUGCUGGAUAUUCUUGCUGUGGUUGGGGCACGAUGUGAGUGGCAGGGAGACAAGGGACAGAGGAGUUAUAUUGAGAUGCUGCAGAGAGUGAAGGAGCUGUGUCGCUACCUGCCUGGUCUAGAAGGAGAGACGAGGGCCCGGUGCUGCAGUCAGGUGGUCAUCUGUGCUGCACUUGUCCUCUUCCGUAGUGCCUUCUUCUACGUCUCAGCUGUACAGCCUGCACUGUUCCACGGAAUCAGUGGGUUAAGUUGCGGGCCGUGGAUCCUUGUAGAGGAUUUGAGCUCAGUGUACAGUGAUGUGGAGGUGGAGCGAGGAGCACUGAAACAUGCGCAUAAGAAACGCAAACUAGCAGAUGGAAGAGAGAAGACUAUGAGCUCAGAUGAUGAGGAAGGUUUGGGGAAAGGCCGUGGUCGACACAUUUUAGUAAACAAGAAUGACAUGACCAACUGGUCAGAGACUUUGGAGAGCUUUCGCACAGCGAGAGAAAGCUGGGACCUUCUUCACUCCCAUGAUGGUCUGGAAGCUGAGUUCAAGAAGAUCUGCGCUGCGUGGAAGACGGACAGCUGGCUGUGGUUCCGAAUAUUCCUCACCGACAUGAUUAUAUACCAGGGACAGUACCGCAAGGCCCUCUCUAGCCUGCACCAGAUGGCUGCAGUGCAGCAGCCUCAGCCUGGGCCACAGAGUCCCUCAGGUCAGGCCAGUCUGGAGCACCACAGGGCCUUCAUACAGCAGGCAUCCUGCCACUACGCCCUGGGAGAGUACAGGAUGGCCUGUGAGAAGCUGCUUGAAGUUGUCAGUGGCCUAGUACCCCCAAACCAGGAAGCACCAAAGACCCCAGAGGAUCCAGUUAGAGUCAAGACCAAAACGAGGAAAGGUAAUGACUUGCGAUUACUUCCGUGCACCAGCAAAUCUGUGCUGCCGUUCUGUCUCCAGCUGAUGCUUGCCUGCUUUAAGCUACGUGCCUUCACCGACAGUCGUGACGACCUGUCCCUUGGUCACGUGGUGGUGCUCCUGCAGUACGACUGGCCACAGGGCGAGAUGCUGUUUUUAAAGGCAGUGGACAAAAUCUGCCAACAAGGCAGCUUCCAGUAUGAGAAUUUCUUCAACUAUGUCACCAACAUUGACAUGCUGGAAGAGUUUGCAUACCUGCGUACUCCAGAAGGAGGUAGAAUUCAGCUGGAGCUGCUGCCCAAUCAGGGAAUGCUGAUCAAGAACCCUAGCCCUGCCCUGGGGGUGGAGUUAAAUACUCUCCUGCUACAAGGGGUGCAGACGAUGGACAGACACCACACAGUGACUCGAGGAAUCACCAAAGGAGUGAAGGAGGAUUUCCGUCUGGCCAUGGAGAGGCAGGUGUCGCGUUGUGUGGAAAACUUGCUCGGUGUGCUUCACCGUUUCUGCAUUAACGAGAAAAUAAUCAUCAUCCAGUCGCUCCCCUGACACCUGGACUUUAGCUUGUGAGGUUUCAGGCACAAUUUAAAUGCAAGUGGACUGACUUAAUGACCAAGAAAGCUGAUUCUCUGCAGACACAUUUCCAGCUCUCUUGUUUUUCUCAGCCAGCACUGAACUCUUAACAUGCAGGCUUAUUCUUUACCUUCAUAGUGAACUUCUCUUUUUAGAGUGUUAGCAACAAUACUGAUAGACAACUGCUUUCAUUUUCACAUUACAGUAUGUGUAUUUUUUCUUCAUUAGUGGUACAAAGUAGAGAUGGUAACAUAAAUAACUACCACAUUUCAUAUUGUGAUGUCUUGCCGGAGUCAGUAAUGACAGAAAACUUAAAGUGCAUUUUUGAUACUUUUUGUUAGGUUAAUGUUUUUGCUACAAUCUUGAAUCAAAUUGUUAGUUUGUAUGGAUGUUUCCAUUAAAUGUUACUUGAAUGGUUUAAA